CAUUAGUAUCCAACAUGUCCGGACAGGAGGGAGCGCGUGAGCGAGGCAAAUCAGCUGAAAGCAUAAAAACAGCCACUGACAAAAAGGACACUUUAAAUGUGCAUGAAGCAGGUGAGAUGUUUCCUCAGUGGUCAUGUCUAUCAUGUGAGAACAUCAGUCUGCUGAUGGAGCUUUCUGUGGACCAGGUGCAGCUGAAAUUUGUGGAUGUACUUGAUUUGAAGAAGCAUGAAACGUGUGUGAAGGAGGCCUCGCUGUUGGACUACUUUAUUGGAGGAUUUUGGUGGACCAAAGAGAUGGGCUUUACAUGCCAGCAAACCUCCUUUAUUAUGGCCCUCCUACAGCUGAUGCUUGACAACAUCAAAAACAAACACAUGCCAUUUCCUGACAAUUUUAAGGAGUUCACCCGGACGCUGCUCGCGACCAGACAGUCACCGCCAUCGGCAAGCACCACCUUUAAUCCGCUGUUUGAUGUGGAUCAAAUCAAAUCCAUUACGGAUUACUUCGGGAGCAGUCUUUUCCAGCAUUACAGAGUCUACGAGUUCCUCUUCGCUCACCCGAGAGACGAAACGCUGCUAGGAACGGAGAGAAGCAUCGAGGUGGUCAAUCCGGCUGACUUCAUCGCUCCGCUGGAGGAUGGAACGCCAAACGACGACCUCCAUUGCACCGCUCCCUCCCCUGCCCUGCCACUGGAUCAGGAUUCAGACACACACGCAGAGAAGGACGAGGACGAUUCUGCUCAGCUUGAACAGGGAGAGACACUCGAAAGUCUGGAGAGCUUCAGUAUGGAAGAUGUGCGAGAAGUGCUCGGGGAAAUGACCAGGGAGAUGCUGGGAAAGCUGCAGGAAGAUUUCACAGAGAAGCUGCGCAUCCAGGAAAAAACCUACACCGCUAGGUUAGAGAGUCUCCAGAGACUGACGUCUAAAUAAGGCUGCUGAAGAAAAGGGGAAGCGUCCACCGUUUAUUUCUGAUUGAGAUGAAAGCAUAUAAACAGUAGAAAUACAUUUUAAUAAGCAUGAGAAGUGCUUUAUAGAAGUCUUUAUAGAGGGCAAGAAAUAAAACAUGUCUGUGCAUGCUAUUCAUGAAGAAAAUCAUUCCCAAUAACAACAACUCCUUUAUGAUUUAUUAAUAAAUGACAUCAUAUUCUUUAUUGGUUUAUAGUUAUAUUUAUAGUUACAGAAUGUCUAGGAAACAUGUUAAUUUCCUUUGUCUAUUACAGAAGAAAGAGAAGAAGGAGAGAAGAUGCUUGUCAUGUUGUUAAGAAACCAGAAAACAAAAACUGAAUAAACAUCUAUAAAUGUUAAGUAAAAGUCUUCUCACUCUUUUUUCUGUAGUGAAUAAUGACAUAUCUGUUUAU